CACAUGUAUAAAUAUGCAUUUCUCACAACAUAAUUUGUAAAGUAUUAAUGGAUGCGGAGUGGGGAAAAAUCUUAUAAUAACGACUACUACGUUAUGUGCAGUGACAAUUUCCUUGACGUAUUCUGACAAGCAACGGGAUCAAUUUCAUACUUUGCAAUGCGAAGUGUGUGUGACAUUAAAAAAUGGGUUUCUUGGAAGAUACAUUCGUGAUUCUAAUCACACAGGUGGAAAUUUAUUUCCACUAAUAUAAAUAGAUUCUUGCCGGUACUCGUAGAUGUUACAGAAUUAGAUUAUCUUCUUCUUGGGAGGAUGGGUAUUUUUUGUAAAAAAAUUAUUUCGGGAUUAUGAAGUUCAUCACAGAUUAGUACAACUAAUUUUUUCCACAACAUUUUCACUAUCUUGUACUAUGUUCGAACUAAUUAUUUUUGAAAUAGUUGGAGUUCUUGACUCCAGUUCUAGAUAUUUUCAUUGGAAUGUUGGUCUUUAUAUGCUGCUAUUUAUGGUAAUUGUUUUGAUUCCAUUUUACAUAGCAUAUUUUAUCAUUAGCAAUAUCAGAUUUGUAAGACUGAAAUUAAUAAGGCCAUUAACAGUUGUUGUAUAUCUCUUUUAUCUUUACUUGUUUUGGAAAGUGGGAAAUCCCUUUCCAAUCUUAAGUCCAAAAAAAGGCCUAUUAUCCAUUGAACAAGGUGUUAGUAGAAUAGGAGUUAUUGGUGUCACUGUUAUGGCACUAUUAUCAGGAUUUGGUGCUGUAAAUUAUCCAUAUACUUCAAUGGCCUAUUUUAUGAGACCUGUAACAUAUGCCGACGUACAGGCUAUAGAAAAACGAUUAUUACAAACAAUGGAUAUGAUCGUGGCUAAGAAAAAGAGAAUGGCAUUAGCUAAGAAGGGGGAAGUUGUAGGGCAAACUGAAGCUAGAUCUCGACUUUGGGGGAUGUUUGGUCCUUUAAGUGGUACUAAAAGUAAUCAGGAAAGUAUCAAACAGUUACAAACUGAAGUUACAGCGUUAGAAGAAUUAUCUCGGCAAUUAUUUUUAGAAGCACACGAUAUUCAAAAUGCAAGAGAACGUUUAGAAUGGGCUGCUACAUGGCAGGGGAAAUAUUUUAAUGUUUUAGGGUAUUUUUUCUCUGUGUAUUGUACUUGGAAAAUAUUCAUUUCAACAAUUAAUAUUGUUUUCGAUCGCGUGGGCAAGAAAGAUCCUGUAACUAGAGCAAUUGAAAUUGCAGUACACUGGAUUGGUUUUGAUAUCGAUGUUACAUUUUGGUCUCAACACAUUUCUUUCUAUCUUGUUGGUUGUAUUGUAUUAACAUCAAUUCGUGGUUUAUUACUAACACUCACGAAGUUUUUCUACGCGAUAUCAAGCAGCAAAUCAUCGAAUAUUAUCGUACUUAUACUUGCUCAAAUAAUGGGUAUGUAUUUUGUGUCGUCUGUGCUUCUAAUGCGAAUGAAUAUGCCUGCGGAAUAUCGGAUUAUAAUAACUCAAGUUUUAGGAGAAUUGCAAUUUAAUUUUUAUCAUAGGUGGUUUGACGUUAUAUUUUUGGUAUCUGCAUUAUCAUCAAUAGUAUUUUUAUAUUUAGCUCAUAAACAAGCGCCUGCAGAACGUAUUUAAUUUAAUAAAACAUCUUCUUACGAUGAAAAUAAAAAAUUUCUUUGUAA